AUGAACGGACCUUGGAAGGAAGAAGACUCGGCAUUUGUGGAUUCCUUUUUCCUACCGGGAGGGAUUCUAGAUCCUGAAGAUGAAGAAGAAAUCGGUAUUCUGUCUACACUUCCGACUGGUCAGCCCAUUCCCAGCAACCCGUGGGGAAACGAGAAGGCUCCGAGCACGCCCUCCUCAGCUGCCUCUUACCUCCAUGCUGUGAAGCAAAUUGAAAUAGAAUCAGCAGCAUCCCCAAAUAUGUUUGGAGAGCGAACCGUGGGAGAAGCAGAAGUGCGGAUGAACAGUCCGCUGCGUAGCAUAGUACGACCACCACCUGGUUAUGAUGGCUACGUUAAUGGACUUGCACCAAAUUCUCAACAUUUCCCGAAUAACGUUUCUCGCAUGGGAUCAAAUCAUUCAAAUGUACUUCCAACAAGCCACAUGAACCAAGCGUCACCAGUUCAUUGCGAUGGGUUAUCUCAUCUCCAGAACGGUUUUUUGAUCAAUAUGAAUCGAACCUGCAGUCCAAAUCAAUCGAACAUGAGGUAUCAGCUUUCUCAGCAGGGGUCCAUACCAGCAGGGCAGCACCUACCUCCAGUCGAUUCAUACUCAACGAGGGGGUCCUCACUGUCUGUUCCUUCGCUUGCGAUUGAAGUAAAUCCGAAACAACGAAAUGUUCAGUGUGUACAAUCUGACCAAUCUACAUCUGCAACACUAAAGAGCAACGAGGAAGCUUCCACCUCGAAGCAAAAUGUACAAAAUCCUAGAAUAGAGACUUCAGUGCAGGAAAUAAGGUUGAAGCUGGAAAAUGAAGGAUCAAAGGAAGAGGUUCCGGAGAGGAAUUCCAUCACGUCGACCACUGUCGAUACUGGAGAUUCUAUAGAUGCUUCGUCUCAUAUGAUUCCUUCUUGUGAUAGCAAAGAUGAGGUUUCAGAACAUGCUCCGCAACAUAUUGUUUCUGGAGUAUUGUCACAUGAGCAAAAUUCUGUCGGCGAAUAUUCAGAGUCACAAAGUACCAUCGAUGAUCAUUCAACGAAAGAUACUGCUGUUCUCAAUAAAUCUUCGUCUCUACUAGAAAUUGAUGACGAAAUGUCUAAUGUGGAUGGCAAAACGGAAGGUCGAAGGCAUUCAGCUGCAACUUGCCUAGGGCACCAUACAUCCAAAGUAGCACAAGGUGCGGCUACCUCUUCCAGCUCCAAUGUGACUCAGUCUCCACAAAUUCGGUACUCGAUGUCGUUGCUGCAAGGAAUACUCAGGCCAUUCUCACUCGUGUUUCGAAUGGUAACACUGCUCCUACUGGAUUUGCCCCGGACGGGGGCAAAUACAAUUGCUUCCUUUUUUGCCACAGUCUACUACUGGAUCCUCUCAACUGCAAGAAGGGUUCGUGUUGAAGUUGUCCCUGUCACGAAAAUAAUUGCUCAUUCUAUCAGUGAUAAUGCAAAGCGAUCGGGUGCAAGUGCGAAAGGGGGUGCUCUUCUUUUGGUCCGGAAUCUUUCAUUGGUUCCUUCUUUUGUCCGUAUGAUGACAAAGGCUUCAAUGGUUCAGGUUAUGGAAGAGCCGAGCUCUGGCUUCUGCUAUCUUGUCCUCUACUUGCUACCGAGUUGGUGCAAUAGCCUAGCAGAGAAUUUUGACGUGCCUCACUGGUCAGCGCAUUUCAUUAUAACCAUCGCGGUCUACUUGGUUUCUCACCCCGUGAAACCGGGAAUUCUCCACCGUGGGGAGUUCCCCCUUGCGGAAGUUAUAGAGGCCUUGUUUAGAAACGGAAAUCACUGUGACCAAGCAUUUAUUGACAAAGACGAACGGCGUGCCGCUGCACGGAAACGCAACGAGCGCAUUUGCAGCAAGUGUUUGAGGGUACUGCGGUAUUGUUUGCCCAUUUUCUGUCUAAUUGAUGGGUUUUCAUAUGACGGUGCAACCAUGAUUGGAGAUUCCGGGGCUAGCAGACUAACGACUGCCUUCAUGAUGUCACUCGUACGCAGGAAUCUGGCGUUUUCUCCCAUUGGCUGGGUCAGCUGGGCUAUCCAAGUUCUUGUGGCAACCUACCUUGAUGUCUGGGUGUUGCGAGACACUAUGGUUUUGCUUCUUGGCUUGUCUUCCUUCAGACUGAUACGCUACUUUGACCAAAAGCGAUUGAAAAAAAAGAGGAAGAGGCGUUGA